AUGCCUCACCUGCAUCGGUCUCUGAGGCCCCAGCCACACCCAGUCCCUGGGGAUGCCAGGACUAUCCACUCUUCGGGUCAAAGCUUUGAACAGUUGAGGCAGGGUUGCCUACAGUCGAGAACCUUGUUUGAGGAUGCUGACUUCCCUGCCAGCAACAGUUCCCUGUUCUACAGCGAGAGGCCCCAGGUCCCCUUUGUGUGGAAACGACCAGGGGAAAUUGUGGAAAACCCAGAAUUCGUUCUUGGAGGAGCCACCAGGACUGACAUCUGCCAAGGGGAGCUGGGAGACUGCUGGCUCCUGGCGGCCAUUGCCUCCCUAACCCUCAACCAGAAAGCACUGGCCAGGGUGGUUCCCCAGGACCAAGGCUUUGGCUCUGGCUAUGCUGGGAUAUUUCACUUCCAGUUCUGGCAGCACAGCGAGUGGCUGGAUGUUGUGAUCGAUGACCGCCUGCCCACCUUCAGGGACCGCCUGGUCUUCCUCCAUUCCGCUGACCACAAUGAGUUCUGGAGCGCACUGCUGGAGAAAGCCUACGCUAAGCUUAACGGGAGUUAUGAGGCACUGAAGGGCGGCAGCACCAUGGAGGCCAUGGAAGACUUCACUGGGGGUGUGGCCGAGACCUUCCAAAUGCGAGAAGCACCGGAGGACUUCUAUGAUAUUCUGGAGAAGGCCUUGAAGCGUGGUUCCCUGCUGGGCUGCUCCAUAGACAUCCUGGAUGCCUCUGAAUCUGAAGCCCGCACACAUUUUGGUCUCAUUAAGGGCCACGCCUACACUGUGACAGGGUUGGACCAGGUAAACUUCCAAGGCCGGAGAAUCAAGCUCAUCAGAGUUCGAAACCCUUGGGGCCAGGUGGAGUGGACCGGGCGCUGGAGCGACAGCUCCCUCGAGUGGCGCUCUGUGGACCUUGAGGAGCAGAAGCGCCUGGGUCACUCUGCUCUUGACGACGGGGAGUUUUGGAUGGCAUUCGAGGACUUCAAGGCCCAUUUUGACAAAGUGGAGAUCUGCAACCUCACACCUGAUGCCCUGGAAGACAAUGCCCUCCACAAAUGGGAAGUGACCAUCCACCAAGGAAGCUGGGUUCGUGGCUCCACGGCUGGUGGCUGCCGCAACUUCCUGGACACCUUCUGGACCAACCCACAGAUAAAGCUGUCCCUGACGGAGAGGGAUGAGGGCCAGGAGGGCUGCACCUUCCUAGCUGCCUUGAUGCAGAAAGACCGCAGGAAGCUCAAGAGGUUUGGUGCCAACAUGCUGACCAUCGGCUAUGCCAUUUACCAGUGCCCAGACACGAACCAGGACCAGGAUGGACACCUGAGUAGGGACUUUUUCAGGUACCACGCCUCCCUGGCCCGAAGCAAGACAUUCAUCAACUUAAGAGAAGUGUCGGGUCGCUUCCAGCUGCCCCCGGGAGACUAUGUCCUCAUCCCCAGCACCUUUGAGCCACACCAGGAGGCUGACUUCUGCCUGAGAAUCUUCUCUGAGAAGAGAGCAGUUACUCGGGACCUGGAUGAGAAUGUAGACAUUGAUCUUCCUGAGCCCCCAAAGCCAACUCUACAGGAGGAGGAAACAGAGGAGGAGCAGCAGUUCCAGGCCCUGUUCCAGCGAAUUGCUGGUGAGGACAUGGAAGUGUCUGCUGAGGAGCUUGAGUAUGUUUUAAAUGCUGUUCUGCAAAAGAAAACAGCCCUCAAGUUCAAGAAGCUGAGCCUGCUGUCCUGCAGAAACAUCAUCUCUCUGAUGGACACCAGUGGCAAUGGGAAGCUGGAGUUUGAAGAGUUCCGGGUGUUCUGGGACAAGCUGAAGCACUGGAUGAACCUGUUUCUCCAGUUCGAUGUGGACAAGUCUGGCACCAUGUCUUCCUAUGAGCUGCGGACCGCGCUGAAAGCUGCAGGCUUUCAGCUGAGCGGCCAUCUCCUGCAGCUGGUCAUCCUCAGGUACACAGACGAGAGCCUCCAGCUGGACUUUGAUGGCUACCUCAACUGCCUGGUGCGGCUGGAGAACGCAAGCCGGGUGUUCCAGGCUCUCAGGAUAAAGAACAAAGACAUCAUCCAUCUCAACAUAAACGAGUUCAUCGCCUUGACCAUGAACAUCUGAGUUUGCACCGGGACGCCGUCUGCCCCUCCGAUACUCAGCUUCUAGACUGUGAGAGUCAGGAUGUUUAUUGGAAGGCCAUCCUCCCCACUGCUCUCUCCCUGCCUCACACCACCCCCUCCCCUCUCCACGGUGAUCUAGAAGAAUCUAAAGGAAUUGGCUGUGUUUUCUGAUUCUGAUAUUUUCUGUAAAAUCAUUUCUUCACAAGAACCAAUGGUGCCACUGUGCCUGUUAGGUUCUCCUUCUUCCCUGCCCCCCCCACUGACUGGUCAUUCAAUGUUCCAGUGCCUGAGUCCUGGCUUCAGCAUGCUCCAGCCAUGCUACUAAGACACACACACACACACACACACACACACGUUUUCCUUUUUUUUCAUUAAGUGAGAGAUUAGUGAAGAUGUUUAUCUCAGGUGGAAGAAAUGGAGCCUGCUGAUGCUGAGAAUCUGAAAUAUUAUGGAGCAAACUGGAAAUUAUUCUGAUAGUACUAUAGGUGACUAUUGGCACUACUGUGUUGUGCAUGUGUGUUGUAUGUUUGUGUGUGUGUAUGUGUGUGCCUGUGUGUGCGUUGCUCAUGCACAGAGAUUGGAGGACAACCUCAGGUGUCCAUUCCUCAAGCACUAUUUGCCUUGCUUUUUAAAUAAUUUUACUUAUUUUAUUUUAAAUUCCAUGCACACACGUAUAUCUAUGUGUAGGUGCGCAUGCAUGCAGCUGCCCUCAGGAGCCAGAAGAGGGUGCCAGAUCCUCUCAAGCUGAAGUCGCAGGCGGCAGGGGUGCUAGCCACCUGGGUCCCCCGCAAGAGCAGCAGGGGCUCUUGCCUGCCAAGCCCUCUCUUCAGCCAUCCCACCCUGGGUUUUGGCUUGUUUCCGGUUGUGUUUGGUUUUUGUUUGUGAGGCAGGGUCUUUCAUCUGAAACCCACCAGAUGGGCUAAGCUGGCUGGCCAGCGAGUCCUAGGGACCUCUCUGUCUCACACCACCAACUUUGCCUUUUUAAAAGGAGGCUUCUGCGGAUUAAAGGUAGAUGCUCUGGCUUGAGAGGCAAGCACUUUACCCGAUAAGCCGUCUCCCGGCCUUUUCAUUCUAACUUUUAAGAGCAUUUGUUAUUUACUUAUUAAAUGAGAUGUAUAUUUGUAACAAUGUGCAGGUGAGUGCAGGUGCCUGAACAGUCCAGAAGAGGGCGCUGGAUUCCCUGCAGCUGGAAUGGAUUACAGGCAUCUGGGAACUGCCUGAGGUGCAUGCUGGGAACUGCUCUCUUUUAAAGACAAAGUCUCACCUAUGCAGCUCUGGCUGAUCUCAAACUCAGAGAUCCAACUACUGCCUCUGCCUCUGCAGUGCUGGAAUUAAAGGUGUGCCCCCAGACCUGGCCAGCCCUUUUAAUUGUUCUUAACCCAUGAGCCAUCUUUCCAGCCAUCACUACCUAAACAUUUUUUUCUCUCCAUUUGGAGAAAUGACUUGGUGAUUAAGAGCAAGAACUGCUCAUGUCAAAGACUGAAGUCGAAGUCUCCAUGCUCACAAGGGGGCUUCACAGUCACCCGCCAUCAAUGUCCGCUCCUCAGAGUGGUCUCUAGGCUUGACCCCAUCACAGCCCUGUCGUCAGACCAAAAAACACGAGGCAUAGAAACUGUCUCUAAAGGUCCUUAGACUUUUUUCCUCUGGCCUCUGCCUGGCGCAAUAUAUAGAACCAACCCUUGGUAUUUGAAAUUUGAAGUUGGCUCUAAACUCCCCCAAAUCCUAUCCCCUUAGAGCCUUGUGGUCCACUGAGAGGCCAGGGCUUGAGAAAAACAGGGCAUGUGACUUGGGCAAUAGUACCAAGUCCACUGGUGCCAGCCCAAUUCUGGGCCUUGGAUCUUUGGUGAGAACAAGGCGCCAUUCUAUCGAGAGCCAAGAAUGCCUGCCAACUGCCAGGGUGAAGGCUACCCACCACCACAGCUGUGAAUCGGUAGUAGGCUGUGCUGGCUACCAGUGUGAUGUGGGCAUGUUCCCAGCCCUUGAGCUUUUCAGAAGGGAGAAAGAGUAGGAGAGGAGAGAGCUCAAAAGACUUUCAAGGCACCUGAAGUGCAUUGGAACACUCCUGGGGACAAAACCAGGUUCAUUGUCUGCAGGGGAAGCUUUGUUCCUUCCAAUGAGAGGGAACAUCCAGACAGGCCCUGGAGCCUCUGGGAGCAAAUACAAGAUAGCAUAACAGAAGCAGCUUUGAAUUCAGUGCUCCUGUGCUCUCUGAGACCUAGGCCACGCCACUCUUCAUCAGGGCAGGGCCAGCCUCUUGAAACAGGAUCGUCAGUAAGAUCCAUGUGAGAUCUACAGUCACGGCCCCCAGUCAAGUCCCCUCUGUGACACUGAUUCUUUUCACGCCCUGGCUGUCGCCUGCCUCCAGCCCCUCUCUCUGGUCCCCUUGGCGCAUUCACCUGCCUCUGCCCAGGUUUCCUGGGGGUUCCUCUCAGCCCCUCUGCAUUUCUGGUUAAAUGUCCUGUAGCUCAAGUCACCAUUCUGCUGUUCUCUGGUGUGUGAGCUUCUGUAUUCCUUGUCUGUACACCACAGGAGAAGAGCUGUGUCUGCAUUUCCAUCCCUCACCCUGUGGAGUCAUACUGGACACCUCUGCCUCAGCCCCUCUCCACCUUAGUUUUUGAGACAGAGUCUCUCUCUAAAUUUGGAACUUUUCAUUUGAGCUAGACUACUGGCCAAUGAGCUCCCAAAUCCACCUGGCUCUGCCCCCAAGAGCUGGGAUUAGAUAGCUUAGGUCCUCAGGGUUUGCACGGCAAGUCCUUUACCACUGAGACCCUUCGUUUCUUCCUUCUUAAUACUUUAGAGUAAGGAUUAAAUUUCAACACCAGAAAUCUUGGGGCACACGUUGAAACCACAGAUUCAAUACAAGGUAUAACUUCUAGAUGGCUCUUCCUCCUUUCAAUAUAUUAAAGACGUUGCUCCAGUUUCUCACAGCUCAUAAUAUUUCUGAUGAGAAAUCUGUUAUCAUCCUGACUUUUGUCCCUUUGUGUGCACUUUGUUCUUGUGGUCGGGCUUCCUUGAACAUCUCCACCCUAUGGCAGUAGCGAGAUGAGCUCCUGUGUUCUCUGUACUUGCUGUUCACUGAAG